CGGUCCACAUUCCCCGCGCUACGCGCCAAGCAAUGAAAAUAUUUGCUUUGUUGGACCAAAGGGCGGACGGGAACGCAGGACGUGACAACGCCCGCCCCUGGUUACCGUCAUGGUGAUAUUCAAACACUGGUCCCGGCAAUGACGUAGCGUGAUCAGAGUUCGUUUUAACUGUCCAAAAAUCACUUUCUCUACCGCGCUUUCAGAUGCUAAUAGUUUAGAUUAUUCUGUGGUGCGAGACAAUCCGAGUGCGAUAGUCCCCGGAGGCCCGUUACCCUGCAGAGUUGCACGUCUCACGCAAACACUCAGCAGCCAAGGGCCGGGAUUAGCGAACCAUAGUCGGCCCGGGGGCAAAACGUCACGCUCCAAUUUUCGUCUCCCGUUUCGCCCCUCAGGAAAUACGAGCACGUUUUAAGUUCUAGGACUUGAGGAGGCCGAAGACGUUCCUUAAGGAUUAUCCGUGACGGCGAACUCAAGAAGGAGCCUGGCGGCCGGUUCUUAAGGCACGAGACUAGAGGUUACCAGGGUUCCUUCAAACAUCGUACGGCCUGGUGAGGGUGUCCAGCCAUGGCUGCCCUGGUAGCCAGCCCUCUACUGACGUGUAGCGACUGUAAGAUGACUUUCAAGUCACCAGCGCUACUCCAGAAGCACAAGGAGAAGUUCUGUGUAGGGAGUGGGAUCGGAGACCCGAACAGACUAGCCAGGGACGCAGAGAGGCUGAGACAAGCGGCCUACAAGCCGGCAGAACCCGCGCCACCGUCGCCUGACCCCAACCUGACGACCAAGGCUAUAGACCAGUUAAGGCAGCUAAAGGACCGUAAAUCCAAGUUACGACUUGAGCGAGAAGACGAGGAGAGAAAGUUACUGAGGGACAUCCAAGACAAGGAGAGGGCCAUCCACCGGGAACGGUCUCGUCUCAGUGUCCGAGAGAACGAGGCCAAGAAAGCAACGGAAUUCAAAGACCUAACUCAGGAGUACCAGCGCAUGUUGGACCGUGAACAGCGGAUACGAGACGAGAUUGACAACCUGGAACAAGACCUUGGACUUGAGAGUCGGGCAGGAGUGAUAUCACGUAACACUGACAGCAGUAUGAGUCUGCCAAUAUACACUGAUGAUGAGCAGGCCAGCCCCAGGAAGAACGACCACACGGAGCAGCUGAGGAGACUAGCUGAGCAUCAUGGGAAACAGCUGGGAGAGAUCCAGAACAGGAACAGGGAACUGGAGAGGCAGAGAGAAGAAAUUCGGCGGAGACUUCAGGACUUGGGGAACCAGCCGAUCCCCCAGCAGCCUGCCAGUGACCAGCCCAGUGUGGAGGACAUGGUGAAGGAGCUGAGAGAACAGGAGAAGAGGAACCAAGACACUCUGGAACAGCUCAAGUCACAUCUAAACAACCUACAAGAAGAAGCAAGGAAAGCUGCAGAACAGCGUCCUGACAGUGGGGUCCAGACAGAGUUUGUGGGUAUCCCAUUCCAGAAUGGCUCUCUGGUGUCAGAAAUAAGUGCGAUGCGGUUAGCGUACCUGCAGAGUGGAGGUAAUGACCCGGCAGUGCUGGCACAGAUGCAUGACAUGCAGGUGGAGGCACAGCAGCUGGAGGACCAGAACAAACGCAGGGACAAGAAAAAAAGCAGCAAAAAAGAACCCAAGGACAUGGGCAGCCAGGUGCUGGCUAUAGAGCUGGAGAACCAGCGCCUCCAGCGGGAGCUGCAGGAAAUGCACGAACACCAGCGCAGGAAGCAUCGCAGGAGGGCCAGCGACUCUGAUGAUGACGGAGAGAUUCGGCAGCUGCAGAGGGACCACAUGCGGAAGAUGCUGCACCUGCAGCAUGAGAUGGAGCUGCUGAAGCAGGAGGCCAUGCUGAACAAGAUGCGCCGAGAGUUGCAUACACCGAGGCCCUCACAGCCACCACCCCAGCCUCAGCCUCAGCCACCCCCUCCCCAGCCACAGCCCCCACCACCACAGCCACACCCUGCACCCAUACGCAGGCCUCCUCCCAAGCCUGAGACACCCGAGAUCGAGCGGCAUCGGUACCAGCGGGACAGAGAAGGGAAUACUAUAGAAGCGCUGGAUCCACUUCUGCCAGCUCCAUAUGACCCUGGAGCUGGCUUUGUGGUGUUCUAUGACUACCUGCUGGGCCUGGACCCAGAGUACAAGUCCACCCGGCUGAUCGUUGGUCUGUAUAACAAUGCUAAUGAGAUUGGUGACCCGACCCCACUGCCUGUAGUCUACACUGAGGGAGGGUACAACAGCUACUACCAGAACUAUGCUGGGAUGAACAUAGCAGUCAUUGGUGCCAAACAACCUGUCCCAAGGAUCCAGCCCUCCAUGGAUCUCUCCAUAAUAGUAGAGAUGCAGGUACAGUCAGGCAGGGACGGGUACGACAGUAACCGGCUACGCUCACGCGGCUGGAGCAAGAUCGAGCUGUUUGACCAGCAGAACCGCGUGCUGAGCGGCCGGUGGAAGAUUCCGCUGAGAAUGACACCUGUCAAGCCUCACCUGACAGCUGUGGAACUCAAUAAUGUUCCUCAGUUGGGGCAUGCAGAGCUGUACUUCAGACUGGUGAACUGGCGAGACUCAGAUGUGCAGUCACUCUCUAAAGUUAACCCUUCAGAAGCACGCCACUACAAAUUUCCACCUCAAAUGUCUGGUUACCCUGCCUACAACUCUCCCCGCCAAAACUAUUCCUCUAUUCCUACUCAGCCCAUUGCCUAUGUCCCCCCUCCCCCUUCUGAAGCUCCUCCCAGCACAGCAGGCUCUAUAACUGACAGAAGGUCAUUGAGUAGGCCUAGGAGAAGUCCCAUCAGCUACCAACCUGAGGUGGAGGACAGCAUCUCUGUGGGUUUCCAGGUUGACCGUGUAAAAGAUGCCCUUGAUGGGGAGGGGAAAGUGCGCCUUACUGUGUAUAACCAAUGGACAGGAAACAUUGCCCAGUCUUCUACUGCUCCUAUGACUUGUACAACCUCACCUGUCAAGUCCAACUUCAAACAUGGUGUCCAUGUCUUUGGAUGGCAAGAGGCACUGUUCCACGAUGUCUACCUGAAUGCAGACAUGAUCGUGGUUGUCCGGUUCUACCUGCGCCAGCUGAUCCGAGAUGACGCGCCAGAGGAUGUAAGCCAGGGAGGAAGUAUACUGGACGAGGAGAAACUGGUGGCCUGGAGCUCAAUGACACUUACGACAAAAAAUACUGGUCGGCUGAGGUUGAAAACAGGCAACCACAAACUACCCCUGUUCUAUCCACCUGUACCUGAGGCAAAGGACAUCCCUCUCUCAUCCAGAGAAAACCCGCGGGAAUGGCAGAGAUUCGGAAGGUCUACUGUUCGGUUCCACAUCUUCCAAGGAGAGCCACCUCGCGCCAACACACCUUCCACCAUCGGUGGUGACCUUGAGGAUGACAUACCAGAGGGAGCAUGGAUAGCUCAUGAGAGAAGUUCUCCCCCUACUGAUGUGUUUGGAUCAGAUGAUGGUUUUGACCUGUACAUAGACGGGGCGAGGUUCCUCCCAGACGCUGUCACCAUCUCCAGAGUAGCAGGCAGAAUGUUUGACAGGCAGUUCAAUCAGAUUGGGCCAGACAUUAACACCAGUGUAGACCUAGACAGCAACAUCUUUGAGCCUUCCUACAACUUCAGGAUGGAGUUUAGAGAGGCAGCCCUGCCUCCAUCUUCAAUACUGCUGCUCAAGGUAUAUGCCACAGACAGAUUCCGCAAACAGUUGACAGUUGUGGGCUGGGCCACACUGAAUGUGUUUGUAGAGACAGGCACUCAGAGACAGCCCAUGGUGGACACCCCUGGACUGCAGGUGUCUCUGAAUGAAGGAGCUCACCAGGUGAGACUGUACAGCGGAGGGCCGAAUGCUCUGGACCCUCUCACGGACAAUACUCUCAGAGGAACCAAGAGACAUGUCCCCUGUGCAAGUCUGCUGCUAAGGUUAGUCAAGGCUCCCAAGGACCAACAUGGAAGGCCACUAGAGGCUGAAAGAGUGCCCCAGAUAGAUUGGCCCAGGCUAGGCCUGAGUGUACCAAAGCCAGCCUACAGUGAGGGUGUGUACUUCUCCAACAAGUGUACACCUACCAGGGGAGAGAGCCAGCUCUUCCAUGCCAUGGGUGACAGGAAUGUGGUGUUGAUAAGACACUGCCUGUCAGUCAUCUCUGAUGGACAGGAGCAGAGGCUUAAAACAGACAAGGCUACAGAACAAUGGAUUAGGACCCAGCUGACCCGUCUGCUGGACACUCAGCCCCCUGAUCUAGACCUGACCCACAUCUCCAGGUACCAGCCUAUCCAUGGACUCAAGGUGGCCAUAGAUGGAGCCCUGAACCUCCCCUGGUCAAAGUUCACCCAUGCACACUACUGCUUCAACCCUCCUGGUGCUUUCUACUAUGGUAACCCAACAGCAGCGUAUGACAAGCUGACAUUCUCAGAAAAUCUGGACCUAAACAGCAACCAGAAGGCACCAGUCUGGAAGGAUGGCUUCACGUGGUUCCCUCGGAGGUCCCUGCACAGGUACUUGGUGCUUAUUGUACAUCUACAGGAGGUGGCAGUCACUGUGGCCAGGGACAACUACAAAUAUGGGCUACUGGAACAGGCAUGGACAGCAAUACAGAUCUUCAAAGAGGGCUAUGCCAUCACCAGUGCAUUCCAGCUUCCACUGUACCAGGGUGCACCUUCUCAGGCGAUAUUGACAGCCUUGUCCAGACAACCGUGCAAGGAGGUUCUAGAUGACCUGGUGAAAAGCAAUUCUAUCAAGCUGGCAGAGGGCGCAUCUGUGUUUGUGCGAGUGGCAGAUGCCAGAAGAGAUGAAGAAAUCAGCACUCCUAUGGUGGAUGUGAACACCUCCCUCCUCCCCCAGGACCAGCUGGACAGGUACACCCAGGAGAUCCCCUCCAAACCCCUCAGGCAGCAGGUACCACAGGGCAAGACUCCCGACCAGUUCCAGAACAGCCUCGCUAGCAAGUUCAAAAAUCUUGUGUACAAGUUGUACAUCACAGACUGAAGUGAGAAAGACAGCUGGAUGAGAAAGGCAUCUUCACUGGGUCUCAAGGCAUUGGCUAA